UUCGUCUCAGCGUAAUUGUUUUAUUUUGAAAAUCUCCCAGGAAGCGCAUUGCGCCUUUAAAACUUGAUGCUAAUAUCUGUCAAAUCUUCAGUAAAAUGCCGGCAGCCGUCAUCCUCACAGGGCACUGCGCUGGAGUCAGCGUGCCAGUUGCCCGCCGGGCUUUACCCACCGUGUAAAUGGCUCUUUCAGGAGGUUCCCUGCGGCGUAGAGGACUGCUCACCGGAACACUGCGUCUUCUUCUGCAACCAUGCUUUUAUUUCCCUAUGCAACACUCGCGCUACAAUGACAAGUGGGUUGAAUGAAGUAACAGUCGGAUGUAGACAUUAUUCCAAGGACCAACGAGAAGUAUCUAGAGCUAAUGAGCAGUUUAACACACAUGGAUGGAUCUCUGGGACAUAACUGCAUCAGACGGCUGCUUUCAUGCUGUUCAACUUUGAAGGACAGUGCUGCAGUAAGGAACCAGCUGCUGCAAAACUGCAUAGCACCUGAUUAAAAAAAACUAAACAAAACUCAUAAUCCAUUAUCCUAUGCAACAGGAUAAGAGCAACAAGCUUUACAUAAGCUGGAUCUUUUCUGACCUUUGAUGUUCUGAGGGGUCAACUACAAGGCCAAAAGGGAGAUAAUGAACCAAUCUAUAGGACUGUGUAUGCUGGACAUUACACCCCACCUUGGCAUUCUGUCUCUGGGCUAAUACUUGCAAUGCUGUUUGAAUUUUCCUUGAACUCUUGAGACCUGGACUUGAUGCUGGAAUCAGUGAUCCUAAAGGAGAUGGACUGAGAACCUUGGCAGGCUUUGGAUGCCAUACCAGUUUAUAACCAACGGAUUAUAUCACCUGACAUGCUGUGAUCAGCAGUACCAAGAACAGCCAAGCAGUACAGCAUAAAGGUUUUUGACCUUUUUUACUUUUUUCUAGGGAUAAAGAACUCUUAGCUCAUAAUGUUUCUGAACUGUGGUCAACCGUUGCCUCUGCUUAGUGACAAGGAUGUACCCCCUCGUGUUACAGAAAACUUCAUCUUGUCAGGCUACCGGUUCCCAAACUACAGCCUGAGGGACUGCUUGUUGUCAGCAUUCAGGCCUACCAAUGAAACAGGAAAUUUCUGGACACACUUCCUACCCAUCUUCAUUUUUGCUUACUACUUUCUACAGAUGUUUAGUUGGGAUGGUGCACCUGAUGCCGACGCCCCAUUCUUUUACCCAAUGUGGAACUACUUUAUUGGGGUGUUUUGUCUGCUCCUGGCCAGCAGCAUGGCCCACCUGCUGAACUCAAUGUCUCUGGUCGUAAGGGAGGUUUGCUUCUUUGUUGAUUAUGGCACAAUCAGUGCCUACACAGUUGGCUCAUCAUUGGCAUACUACUACUAUAUCCAUCCUCGGGCAGGGAUAGUGGAGAAAGAAGACAGGAACAGCUCCUGUUUGGACUUAAACCACAAGCGUAAAGGGUUUUUAUCACCUAACGCCAUGCCGGAAUUCAACUUGUUCUUUGAGACCUACUACAUGCCAUGUGCAUGUGUUAUAGCAAUCAUAUGUGUUUUAUCCUGCUGUAACACUCGUCAGAGGUGGAGGGAGCAUCGAUACAUCAUACGGACCCUGGUUUUCCUGCUGCCAUUCCUAAUCUCCUCCACACCAGUCUUCUACCGUGUCCUCACCAGAUCGCCUUACUCCACUACCACGCCUUCCUUUGCUGCCUCCAUCACCAUGCCCAACUUCUUCUAUCGCCACUCUCUCUGGCUGCUGGUGUCGGCCCUGUUCAACAUCAGCAAGUUCCCAGAGAGGCUGGCUCCAGGUCGAUUUGACAUCUGGGGCCACAGCCAUCAGUGGUUCCACUGCUGCACAUUUUUGUCCAUCCUUGACGAACUUCACAUGAUCCAGGCUGAGGUGAGAGCCAUCCUGCUCAAUCCUGAUUUCCUCUUACCCCCUACCGCGCUCUCUCGCCUACCUGGACCAACCAUUGCUUCCACCUACGGAGUGAUGCUCCUCCUCCAGACUACCAUUGUCUCAAUAAUUGCGUGUUUCUCCUGGCAUGCAAACUGUAUCUACGGCCCUCAAAGGGACCAGCUAAAGAAACAAAUGAAAGUUGACUAGCGCAAGAGACGUCUUUCUUUAUUACUGUGAAAGAUGAUUUGCACAUGCCUAAAAGGUAAGGGUGCACCAAUAAAUCUGGUCAGAUUUCCUUAAUUUUAGUGAGAUUGGUGAUCUGCUAACGUGAAAAAUCAAUCUUAACUUCCCAUCUUAUCUAACUCCACAAAGACCUGAAAAUCAACCAGUGUCCUCUUUUGUUCUGCAGUGAGAGGCCUGACUGACAGACAAGUCACUUCUACUUGUGCAAAAUUAACAAUAGUCACCCUACUUUUACCAACUUAGUGGCUCUGUCGCUAUAUUUUGUGACUUUUCAGACAAUCGACCUUAAUUGGAAUUGACAGGUUAGGUUUUUUUAAAGAUUGGUGAUUGGCUACAAUUGGUGCACCCCUGCCACAAAGCUAUGCUAUAAGAACUGCACAAGAAAAUGAUUUAAAAUCUCUCAUGCAGUCUGACCCUGUCUGGGCCAAUUAUGAUGCUUUCAUAGGGAGACUCCUCCAGGACACUGGAGGAGAUGACAGGAUUAUGUCUGGGCUCACUACAGGGAAGCUGUCUUGUUGAGUGGAUAUUAAAAGCCCUUGCCAUCUUUUUUCCCCUGAGAACAGCUUCAUCAUGGAAUAUCUAAAAAGUGAGGAUAAUAGGCUAGACACUUGAGAAUAGAGGUUGAUAUUUGGAUAUCUGCAGGAACUCUACUUAGAGAUUAUGGGUUUUUCUCCCAAUUGUUCUGAUCAUGUCCAACUUUUUAUUGCACUGUUGUUCUUUUCAUUUCAUGCUCUGCUAUGUAUUUGAUUUUCCUCAACUUUGAAAUUAACGAGACCCAUAUUGUCUUGCUUUGUCAUUUCCUUUUAUGGCCUUUGUUAGCUACUCCAGGAAGUGUUAUUUCCUUUUUCUUAGCCCUGCAGCAGGAAGUUGCAUGGUUUUAAGGGCAUCAGCUAAACAGUUGAAACUUUGUAUGAGUCUUACUAUGAAGAACUUUCAGGGAGCCAGUCAGACUUACUCUAUCUUUUAAAAAAAGCCAUACUCAUGUUUGAAUCUGAAAGGAUGAAAUUUGUUUGAUAAGCAUGUUAUGAUGUCCUGCAGAUAUCUUAUUUAGCUUUUUUUAAUCUAGCUUAUUUAGAUGUAAACCUCAUUCAUGGUACAUUUGAUGCAGUUGCUUGGGUUGUGUCCAGUACCAAGAACAGCCAAGCAUUACAGCAUAAAGGUGUCUAAAUCAUGUUUAGACACUAAUAAUUAUAUUUAGACACCAGGCAUCUUCUUUUGGUUAUCUGGUAGUGGUUAUCUACCACUCUUUUAGGUUAUUAAGAAUGAAGCUAAAGUUGUGUUUUACUUGUAGGGCUCUCUGCACUUUUCAGUUAAGAUUUUAUGGUGGUUCAACAUUAUUUUGCAGUCAUCUCUUUAUUAGACAGUUAGUUCCAAAGAAAUAGUUUUUUACAAUGCAGAUUGUGGAGUUUCCAGUCUUUAACAAUGACAUUCCCAGAAAAAAAAGAAUGUGAGGAGGGUAUCUGGUGUACAAAAACAAAUGUGAAAAUAUUCCAGCACCUUAUGACAAUGGAUGGACAUUGAUCUAGUAAUACUGAUGACUUAAAGCACUUUACAUAACCACAUUUAUGUAAAGUGCUGCCACAGUCAUUCAUAGAUCUAUAUAGAUCAGUAAGCACAGUUAAGGCACAUCAAUAUGUGGCAGUAGGAACCUGGAAUCAAACACACAACUUUCCCAUUGCAAGACACUAUUAAAUCGCAUUCAAUUUUACAUUCUAUUUUGCAAAACGAGUUUCUUUCUGUUAUAGGCCGUAGACUAUUACGACCUUUAUUGUAAAAUAAUUCUACAUUUCUAUGUAAAUUAACCUCCAUUGCAUGAAAUUAGCAUGACAUUUUCUGGAGCUGUUUUACAGGUAGGAUGGCUAAUCUUUGUUUUUAUCCCAGUUGAAGUCAGUUAAGAGGUUAACUAAUGCAGGUUAAACACUAUGACAGUGUUAAAAUACACUGUCAUUUUAACAGUGUAUUUAGUUGACACAUGUCAUCAUGUCUUAAUACUGUAGCUCAGACAAAAUGCGUGGACGUGUUUGUUACCGGCCUGACUCAUAUUUUUACCUCCGUGGUUUGCAAAUGACACUGAGACUGUGAUAUUAGGAAAAUAGAAUGUUAAUCUCAUUUUAGCACACAUUGAAGGCACCUUUAUGGAACUGCAAUGAAACAUGUUAGGCCUUGUUCCUCUACUGGAAGGUCAUGUUCUGUCUGAGUUGAUCUGGUUUUUAAACAUUAAAUAGUUUAUUGCAUUAUUGCCCGGUUUAGGAUUGGUUUUAAACUACAUCAGUUUGUGCUGAUGAUGAAUCUGAAAAAAUCUGAUGGCUUGGAAUGUUCUCCAUCAAUCCUGUAAUCCUGCCGAUGCAUUCAAGAACACUCAGUAACACAGGAAGUGAAAAUUGGAUACAUUCCAUUCUCACAAAACACAACCUGACAACAGGUUGUGUCUGCAUGGUUAAAGAUGUGUUUUCUGCUAUAUCUUCCCAGAUGCAACAUUAUAGCCAAUUCUUACUAAUAUAUCAUAUUAAUAAUAUCUUACAAUAUAGUUGGUUGAUUGAUGUAUGUUUAAAUAUAGAAAUUAUAUUUUGCACAUUUAUUUACAAUCACUUCCACAUCAGAAAAUGAGAAGUGGAUGCUGUUAGUUUUCAAAAAAAAAUGUGUUAUAAAGCACUUUAAAGCUUCUGCAAAGGUGAGAAAUAAGGUUUUGUACCUUUGUUUUGUGCAUCUAUAAAAGACGUGGAUUGUUUGAACAUCUCAAGAGUCAGAAUAUCAAGCAGUUUAUACAACAGCCUUGUUUCCUUUGGCACCUGGCAGUGACUGCUUGAACAGCACAAGGUGGCAAUAAUGGCCCAAAGUGUCACCCAUCCACCGUAGUGUUUAGUGCUGCUAAGUUUGUAUAUGAUUGAUUGUAUGAUUGCAUAUUAGUUUCAGCAGUAAUUUUAUUCACUUGUGAAUAAAAUGGCUGACAAUAAUUAUGUUUCCAAUUGUAAGCGAACAUUUGAAAUGUUGCAAAAAAAUGUGAAUUUGGUGUUUCCAUCUUGUAGUUUGAAGUGAAUCAACCAGGCUAAUUUAAUCAGUUGUUGAUGCUGGGUAAACAUAAUAAACAAGAUCUAGCGGUCGCAAACUGGCAUGGACUAUACAUGUCAGAAAAAUGGAGAGUCCUCCCCUCCGACAUGGAGGUCAUUGUCAUUGACUCUAGUGAGUCAAUGACAAUGACUCAUUGAUGGUCAUUGACUCACCAGUGGAUGGGAGUGAUCCACUAGCCUGGAGUGACCCUCACCAGCUACUCUAGGUUCCCUCUCUGUGCUGGAAAUUUGGACUCUGAAAAUUUAAGGCACAGGCAUACCUACUAGUGGAUGUGAAAGUUCACCACCUUAGAACUUAUUCGGCAAAUGUAUUUCCAUCUCCACUUUUGUACAUUAACUCUUUUCAGAAAAGCCACCUCAAGCAAACAUAAGUUUUUGAGGAAGCUAUUCUGAAUUUUGUUGUUUCCAUCAGCCUGUUCUAAUGCAAUACUUCAAAAUACGCAUAAAAAACACAUUGAUGGAAACACGCCUGGUGUAGAAAGAAUUGCCAGCUCCAUUGUCAGUUAUCCUCUCCACAAUGGAUUGAUGACAGUCCAUUUUAGGACACAAAGUCAGAACAUAAUUAGACUUUGUGGUCUGGAAAAUUCAAACUCCUGUAAAGGAUUCUACUAAGAGCACAAAAGUGCUAGCUAAAUUAACACAGUUUUCAUUACUGUUCUAAUGUUUCAAUUCAUUCAGAAAGAGUCAAAACAUCUGGAGUUAUUGAGCGAUAAACACGUGGAAACGAGGAGUUAGAAAACAAGCCGGCGGUACUGAAUUACACCGACACAUCAGGUUAGCUCUACUAUAACAGAUAGUUAUAGGGGUUCAUCAGGUCUAUAGCUGACGGUGAAGCGAUGUUUCUACCUCAAAACAACAUCUGUGUCAUUGUGUGACUGACAGAAAGCAUAAUUGAAACAGACUUUGUUUUCGCCUCUUCACUGAAUCCAUUAAUGUUUAAGCAGUAUGUGAAUGUUAGCACCAGACUACUUUAUCUUACUUUGUGAUGUACUCAGGGUUGACUCACGAGGCAUUCAAAUGCAUUAUUUAGACAUGCUUUUAAUUAUGAAGGAGGACAUUAUGCUGCAAUACAGCAGCACAGUGUUGCUGCUGUAAAAAUCGUGUUGUGUUUCAUUAAAUAGCACCAUUAUCAUUUAAGUUGUUUUGAAUAAAUCAUACAAAUAAGCA